AUGUUUUUACUUUUAUUUUUCCUUUUCUUUACAACUCUUUUAUUUUGGAAUUUUGUUUGGAAGCGAAAAGGAUUACCGCCUGGACCGAUUCCAUUGCCUAUUUUUGGAAAUACAUUUUCGAUAAAUAAUUCACUUUAUGAACAAUUCCAAAUUUGGGCAAAAGAAUAUGGCCCAGUUUUUACAAUUUGGCUAGGAGAAGAUCCAACUGUUAUUGUUACUGAUUAUGAAAUUAUGCGUGACCUUUUUAUCAAAGAAGGUGAUAUUUAUGCUGGUCGAAAUCUUAUGGGCGAUCUUUUUAAAACGUUUUCAGUUGUAAAAGACGAUUAUGGCGGUGUUAUACGCACUGAAGGAGAUCCCUGGGGCCUAUGCAAAUUAGAUCAUAUUUCUGAUAUGACAUUUGUAAAAGACGAUUAUGGCGGUGUUAUACGCACUGAAGGAGAUCCCUGGAAGGCUGCGCGUCGAUUCGGUCUACAGUCAAUGCGUAAUUUGGGUGUUGGAAGGGCUGGACUUGAAAAGCAUUUACUUGAAGAUAUGGAAAGAUUUAUUGACCAAAUAAAAGAGGAAAUAUCUAAAAACGGGGGAUAUAAUGUCAAUCUUCAAAGUAAAAUAGAUCGUUUGGCUGGAACUACAGUAAAUCGUGUUACCUUUGGAUAUCCUUUCGAAGAUGUAAAUAUUUUUAGUCGUUUUUUGCUUCAAACUAGGUGUAAAAAUAAUUACGGAUUACGAAAAGUUUUGGAACAUAUGUCUGAAUUCUACGAAAUAAAGCAACAUUUAGAAGAUCAAACGUGUUUACUUUCAUCAUUAAAAGGCUUUAUGUUAAUGACAAUGCCUUGGCUUCGAUAUUUCCCCAUAUUUUCACAAACAUUUAAAAAAUUAGACAAUAAUUUGAAAAUUUGUUAUGAAUUUAUUAAAAGGCCGAUAAAUAAAAGAAUUUCUGAACGGGAGAAACAAACGCCUGAAGAGAGAGGAGAACCUAAUGAUCUAGUUGAUUAUUUUCUUGAUCAGAUAGAGACAGGAAAGGAUGAAUAUUUUAGCUUGAAGACUAUAGCACCUUUUUGUUUUGAUUUAUUUUUGGCUGGUCAAGACACAACUUCUACUACAUUAAAUUUCUUAAUUUUAUAUUUAAUACUCGACCAAAGAGUUCAAUCAAAAAUGCAUGAGGAAUUAGAUCGUUUGGAUGAAGAAAAGGGCCGUAAUGGAUUUGAUAAUUCUGUUACACAAGCUGAUAGAGGAAAAUUACCCUUUUUAAAUGCUGUUAUUAAUGAAACACAACGUGUUUGUAAUUUACUUCCAUUAAAUCUUACACACCGAACAAUGGCAGAUGCUCAAAUUUUAGGAGGGAAAUUUCAUAUUAAAAAGGGCACAUCAAUUAUACCACAAAUUAGUUGUGUGUUAUUUGAUGAAAAGAUAUUCCCCAAUCCUCAUCGUUUCGAACCAGAAAGAUUUUUGGAUGAUCAAGGUCAAUUAAAACGUAUUGAAGAAUUUAUUCCUUUUAGUUUAGGGAAGAGAAUUUGUAUGGGAGAAUCAUUAGCCAAAACAGAAUUAUUUCUUUUUACUGCAAAUUUCUUUCGUCAUUUUCAAGUUUUACCGGUUGAUCCUCUACAUCCACCUUCUAGUGAAAAAAUUAAAGGAUUCUCCGUAAAGCUUCAUCAUUACAAUUGUCGAAUAAUUUUGCGAAAUAGAAAGGAAUUUUGAGAAAGAAAAUACUUUUAUCUAAAAUAUUUAAAUAAUAUAAUUAUUUACACAGCAGAUAUAUCAAUAAUCAUUAUAAAAUAAAAUAUGUUUAUAUAUUCAACAUUAUCACAAUUUUGGAAAAGAGUUUAUAAAUGACUUUAUAAUAUUUUUGGCCCUACUUCAGUUUAUGAGUCCAGUCGCACUUUAUGAUAGAGAUCGAACAAACG